AAGAGAGUCCUGAAAAAUUUGAUUCCGCGACGCGACUCGGGUUGUGGGAUUCAAGGGACGAUGAGACGUGUGAGAGCAGACCAUUCAACCAACAGAUUGAGCAAGCAAGCAAUGACGAGCAGGUCAUAAUACCAACCCCCAGAGAGCUUGGGAGGCUUAUCGACAUGGCUCUGCCAAAGAGCUUGGUGGCCACAUUGACACCGGAUGAAUUGACAUUCCUAGCGGAGGAGGAUAGGGUCCAGAUCGUGCCUCUGUUCUCGAUGACGAGAGUUAGAUUAUUGAGUGGGAUCUAUGGACCAUUCCAACCGCCCUCCGCGACAACUGUUCCUCUAUGGUUGGCUCUGUCUCUGAAGAAAAAAAGAAAGUGUAGGAUCGUUCCACCAGAAUGGAUGAGCGCGGAUCGCUUACAAGCCCUACUCAAAGACGAGAAAGAAAACGCAGAAGGGUUCGAACCCCUCCCAAGGCGAUUCAUAGAAACGUCCAAAGUCCUCUUGGAUCUGGCUUCGGACGAUCUUUAUUCUCCCACCAUGUUACGAUCACUGCUCAAAGAUUUGCGGGAGGUUCGUCAGGCAAAGAUCCGACUGGGUUUACAGAGUGAAGGUGUGAUGAGGGGAAGCUAUUUACAGGUCACCAAUCUCACCCCGCUGGAAUUAUCCGAGCUCAAACCGUUUCUCGUCAAAGCAAUGGGCAUGAUGCAAUCGCUGGAACCAAGAGGAGACGAAGAAGAAGGACAAGGCAAUGAUGGGGCGCUGGGAGGAUACACUCAACAAAGUAUAUAAUAGGAAAGGAGACCUUGCAACGCCUGGAAGCCCCACUGCACAUGACCUUGUUUCAUAGUCUCUAAUCUUUGCAUCUGCAUGGAUCUCCAAAGCUGGGCGUCCAGAUUCGCCUGACGCACGUC